AUGGCGAUGGAAGCCGAUCCCACCGGGGCAACGCUGACCCAAGCGCGCGACGCGCUUCGUCAGUACCUCACGGCCAAGCUGCCCACCGCCAUGAUGCGACACGCAGCCAAACACAUCGGCCAUCUUGUUGAAAGCGGGGCGUCCGACCCGUCACAUGGUGAGCCUGUCGAUCCAGUUGAGGCGGCUCUAUUGGAGGCUGCUGAGGCCGCGGGCUCUGGUGGAGACGCUCAGAAGAGUGCGCGAGAUGGGGCCAAGGGUGGCGGGCGUGGUAGGAGUAGUGGUACACUGGCUGAGUCGAGUAGAGGACGCCCCGUGAUACGUAUACCAGGUGGGAACGCGCGAGUGCCUUCGCCAAGGGGCUCCGAUCGAAGCCCAAGCACCCCAGAAACAUCGCAAGGAGGCCACAAGCCUCCAGCGCAAUUUCCUCGACGCUCCGAUGGUCCGACCACCCCCCGCGUGCAAUUUGAGAUCCAGGUCCCCAGAGUGCCGCCACCUCCGAAGGCGACCGCGCAAAGCAAUAUCCCCGCGCCGGAUGAUGGCGAUGUCCGGAAGACGCGAAGCCGUGGCGGCAACAAGGCCACCACUGGCACGUCGGGUCGGCCUGGCGCUGAGGGCAUGGACGGUCAUGGGGGCUCCGCAUCGCGUACUCCAUCCGGUGGGGCCGCUCGCAGCAGUGCCAAGGCAAAGAAUAAGGGAAAGGGUAAGGAGCGUGCAGGUGGGUUGCGAAAGGGCGCGCAGAAGGAGGAUGCGGAGCCUGUCGAUGAAGAACUUGGGUGUAGCGUCGACGAGGAGAACGAGCCGGACAGUAUCGCGCACGUCUACCUCCGUCCGAAGACGACGACCCAGCCAGCUCCCGCGCGGAAGGAGUCGAAGGGAGACGAUGUUUGGGUCACUACCCAGGUUUCAUGCGACCAGUGCCAGAGAGACGGUAUUGAUGCCUACAACAACUGCUCAUGGAAAGUCCAUCCGCCGAAGGGGUCGAGGCGAUGUCAAUCAUGCGCCAACAAGGGACGUAAGUGUCGCGUCCGCGAUCAAUACCCAGAGCCGGUGCUCUAUGGGCUCCUCGCCAGCACGCACGAAAUUCUUUCGAAGACGAAGCCUGCUCGCGGCAUAGCAGCAGGGAAACGGGUCAGGGUAUUAGUGGAUGACGUCGAGAUCUCACACACACAUGUCCAGGCCAACGAGGGUUCGGCAUCCGAGCGGGAGGACGUCGAUACGCCGAUGGACGAGGCAACACCGAAGGCAAAACGCCGUAUCUCGGAUGGCCGUCCCGAAGGUAGCGUGGAGCGGAAGAAACGAAAGCAUGGCGAGUCCGAGGGGAAGGGCGAGAGUGUCCCAUCCGUGGAUGAUGGUGAGGAUAUUGUGAUGCAGUCUGUGGGCGAUAGGCCGUCCACGGCUUCAGUCAUGGCCGUAGAUGGCGGGAGCGGUGGAGUCGUGUCUGGCAGCGCAUCUAAGCCAAGUGGUGCGCACCAGACCCCCGAGACAGGAACGACGGUGAACGACGCGUGGACGGUCGCCCGUCGUUCCGGAAUUCCGACAUUCGCCUCCAUUCAAGAUGUCAUUCAUUUGCGGUCAUACCAAGAAAGCCUCCGGACGAACCUCUCGUUUGUCUCCGAGGUCGUCACCAGCGACCAUGACAGGCUGGCUAGUGUUCAAACUACGUCGGAGGAGGCUAUGUACAUUGCGUCCCAGGCACGGGAACGGGCGUCCGACCUGGAGCGACGAAUGGACCAAUUCAUCAGAGGGACGUAUAUGGCGACUCGAGCAUUGGAGGAUCCCGUUCGGUAUCUCGGCGCCAUGCUGGAGGAAGAGGUACGGCGCCAACCCAACGACUCGGAGAUGGCACGAUGGAGGGAGAUUGCAUCUGCGGCGCGAUUGACGGAUGAGCGUUUGAAGGAAGCGCUGCAGAUGAUGGAGCCUGCCGCGCAGGGAUUGGGGCUCUCUAUGGCCAGCAGGAGCAGCAUGCGAUCAUCACUCGAAGACGACGGUGGUGCGCAAGGUCACGACGACAGGGACCCCCAUCGGCCAUCCACUACACCCAUCGGGACGCCGCGUAUUGUGUCUCUCAACUCCCCAACCAUCGCCACCCGAUCCGAUGCAGUCGCGCCCUCUCCAUCGAGUGCGGGUGCGUCCUUGAGCAUGGUACACGAUGCCGGACAAACUCCAGCAGCAUCGCCACCUGCAUCCCAUAGCACAGAGAGUCGCGGUAGCGUUCCAUCUCCAUUGGCAAACUCACCGGACGCUCACGACUGGGGGAUGAACACCUCCAACCUAUUCGAGAGCGAGGACAGCAACAUUGAGGACUGGAUGGCAUCGAUGGGGGGGCCUGGAAACGAUGGCGACGCGCAAGCUGUGGAGGCAGAGCUUGGCAUCGACUCCGCAAACCUCAUGGACCACAUAUCCGGUACCUCCAUAAGCCCCAUCCGUGACCGUUCGUCGGGCAGGCAUGGAUCGGAGGGCUCGAGGGGUACACCUGUGCUAGAUGUCCCCAUGACACGUCAUGCGGGCGAUGGGUAG